AUGGAGGCUGAGAUCCGCAAUCUGCCGUCUGCAAGCUGGAGGACUAGGAAAGACAGUGCUGGAAUUCAGUCUGAACAAAAGCCUAAAAACCAGGGGGCUAUCGACGCGCUCUACCGACUGGAGGAUGCCCACCCGCAUUGUGACAGGGGCACUACAGCAAAGAACUGCACCUGCGUCACCUGGUUCCUCCUGCUGCGGCUCACAGAGCAGGCAGGGCUCAAGGGCAUCCUUGCACUCUUCCUGUUCAUCUACUCAGUUACCCUCACAGACAACCUGGCCAUGAUCACCCUGAUCCACGCAGACCCGCAGCUCCACACGCCCAUGUACUUCUUGCUGAGUAUCCUCUCCUUCAUAGACUCCUCCUUCUCCACGUUAAACACCCCCAGGUUGCUGCAGAGCUUCCUAACCUCAAGCCAGUCCACCUCCUUUGCAGGCUGCCUGGUCCAGAUGACCCUCAUGACUCUCCACGGUACUGCUGGGUGUCUGCUCCUGGCCAUUAUGGCAUAUGACCGAUUUGCUGCCAUCUACCACCCUCUCCUCUACAAAAUCAGCAUGUCCCAACAUCUGUGUGUCCAACUGGUGGCAGUCACCUAUAUGGCUUCUGUUGCCAAUUCAGCUUUACUGACUGGGUACAUCUUCAAGCCGCUCUACUGUGGCCCCCAUAUCAUUAACCACUAUGUCUGUGACAUCCCCCUUGUGCUCCAACUUGCCUGUGCAGACGUUGCCAAGGCUGAGGCCAUUGUCUUCUCAUCUUCUGCCUUGAUUAUCCUCUUUACCAUCAUCAUUAUCCUGGUCUCUUAUGCCUACAGCCUGGUGACUAUCUGCAGGAUGCGUUCCCUCAAGGCUUAGAGCAAAGCACUCUCCACCUGUGCCUCUCACCUCGCAGUCAUCUGCCUCUUCUACGGCACCAUCACCUUCAUGUAUGCUCAGGCAAGCUCUCACAGUUCCAUGGAACAGAACGAGGUCGUGUCUGUCUUCUACACAGUGAUCAUCCCCAUGCUGAACCCUCUGAUCUACAGCCUGAGGAAUAAAGAUGUGAAGCCUGCUCUAAAGAGGGGAUGCCUUGACAUGCUGCCUUCCUAA